UUUUGACGUCCAUUACACGACCCUGUCGGGUCACCUUGUUGGCCGCCAAUGCCAUAGGUUAAUAUCUUUCGUUGGGUGGCAACAAAUUCAACUGCUUUGAAAGCUAUGUUACUUUGGAUAUACUCUUUCUUCUCCUGCCAAUUCCUCCUUACCCAGACACUGAAAUUCUUUAAUAUAAAAAGAGAGAAAAAGAUUGUAACUGUAACAUAGUACUUUUGGCAUUUAUAAAAAAAAAAAAAGUGGGAAUACAGAAUCAAGAAUCAUCAUAUCAUAUGUGUUGAAAAUUGUACUGUAAAAUUCCAUCUUUUGUGUGUUUUAUUUGUAUUUGGAAAAAUGGGUAGACAGCAGUCACUGAGGAACAAAGCAGCUCACUUUGUGUCUGAUCUCACCACUGUCAUCCUCAACCCCAUCUCUGACAAACCUUCCAAACCUCAUCGUCAUCCUCCUACACCUCAUGAAGAUGUGAGUGAGUCGAAAAUAAGUCAACUAGAGUCAAUUAAUGAAGAGGGUUCUGGGGAUUUAGGGGAUGGGCCUGAUACUUCAUCAUUUAGCGCUUUUCUCUACUCUCUAUUGUCAUCCUCUGAGACUGAAGAUAAAUCAAAAUCAGAUGAGCAAAAGAAUGACGAAGUGGAAUCGGGUGACCUGCAAUCAGACAAUGUAAUUAAGGAAAGUGGUGGGAAGAAAAGUUUGUUUUCUAGGGGAAAACAAUCACUUGGUAGAGCUAUGUACAAGGCUGCAAGAAUUGGUGGCUAUCGAUCCCAGGAUCGUAAGGGUGACUCUGAGAUGAAAGUUGAUGGGAAUGAUGCUGCUGAAUUAGCUGGAGUUGAGAUGAAGAAUGUGCAAAAUGAGAAAGAGUGUCUGGCUUUGAUCGAAGUCCCAGACAUUUCUGAACCUUCUUUGCUUCUUUCAGAGAAAACCAGAAGUGCUCUUUAUGCAUCGCUUCCCACACUUGUUCAGGGGAGGAAAUGGUUAUUGCUCUAUAGUACAUGGAGGCAUGGCAUAUCACUUUCAACCCUGUACAGAAGGAGCAUGCUUUGGCCUGGAUCUAGCUUGCUGGUGGUUGGAGACCGUCGAGGUGCAGUAUUUGGUGGCAUGGUUGAGGCCCCUCUAAGACCAACCGACAAGAGAAGAUAUCAGGGAACAAAUGAUACAUUUGUUUUUACAAAUAAACCGGGUCAUCCUGUUGUAUUCCGCCCCACAGGUGUAAAUCGCUAUUUCACUCUGUGCUCCACCGACUUUCUAGCAAUUGGUGGAGGUGGUCACUUUGCACUGUAUUUGGAUGGUGAUCUUUUGAAUGGAUCAAGUUCUGUUUCGGAAACAUAUGGAAACACUUGUCUUGCACACACUGAAGACUUUGAAGUGAAGGAAGUUGAGUUGUGGGCCUUUGUAUAUGCUUCAAAGUACGAGGAAAUACUUUCUUUAAGCCGAACAGAGGCACCUGGGAUUUGCAGAUGGUAAAUGCUCUGCAAACUCAUUUGAUGAUUGGCCACCUUCUUAGUGAGGUAGCAGCUUUGUACUGUUGCAUAAUGCUGAUUGCUGAUUGUCUUCCUAGUUGAGAACUGAGAGUGGACGGUCUUUUGUAUAUACCAAGAUAUGCUCCAACUCAGUAUAUUUUUGUACAUAUGUAUUCGCCCCUGUAUAUACAAAGAGGGCUUGUGUUUUUUGAACUGCCAGUUUUGGGUAAAAGCUGAAUGCUGAUGGUAUACUGGUUGAUAAUAUGAGUAGUGGUCCAAGCAAAACAAUGUGCAGUUUCAGAACUGAAACAUGCAUUUUCGUUUUUUCUUUUGGUCCUUUUGGUGAGGGGUGGGGAGUCAAGUGAUGAACGUUCGGUUUACAAGGACUAGAAUUACGAAAAUUUACUUCCUUACAUGUUUAGAAGAGAUCUAACAAUGAGAGCAUUUACUUUUUAGGUAAAUUAAUUUUUCCUUAAACUAUACUCCUUUUACACUUUUCCUCAUAAACUAUGAGAAUGUAUACUUACUUCUCUAAACUAUUACUCAUGAAAUGGGAUAUAAAGUGUUACACGAGUAAUAUUUUAGAGGAGUAAUUGUGUACUCUCAUAAUUUAUGGAGGCAAGUGUUAUGUGGAUAAUAGUUUAGGAGAGUAAACGUGUUUUUUCAUCGUUUAGGAGGUAAGUGUAAAAAAAGGUAUAUGGUUUAGAGGAAUGAAGUGUAAUUUCCUUUUUA